UGUACACCAACCCUCUCCAUUAUUCCUUCAUUCACCAGGAAAAAACCCCAUAACCCCAAAAAAAUGGAGACCUCCAAAUCCUCAGCUGCUCUCCUCCUAAUCUUCAUGCUCUUCCUCUCCUCCGCCACUCCCAUCCUCUCCUGCGGCCAUUGCGGCGGGAAACCUCACCCCAAGCCCAAAUCCCCUUCCAAGGGCGGCCCAAUCCACCUCCCAAAAAUCCCGCCGGUCACCGUCCCCACCGUCCCACUCCCCAAGCUCCCCGUCCCUCCGGUCACCGUCCCCAACGUCCCACUCCCCAAGGUCCCCGUCCCUCCAGUCACCGUCCCCACCGUCCCCAUCCCCAAGCUCCCCGUCCCUCCGGUCACCGUCCCCACCGUCCCCAUCCCCAAGCUUCCCGUCCCCAACCUACCCAUUCCUCCGGUAACCGGCGGGUCCAAGUCACCGCCGGCAGCCUGCCCGCCGCCACCGGCGAAGAAGGAAACCUGCCCAAUCGAUGUCCUGAAGCUGGGAGCCUGCGUGGACCUGCUCGGCGGGAUCGUCCACGUCGGGCUCGGGGAUCCGGUGGUGAACAAGUGCUGCCCGGUGCUCGCCGGACUCGUGGAAGUUGAGGCCGCCGUUUGCCUUUGCACUACGCUGAAGAUCAAGGCGUUGAACUUGAACAUCUACGUGCCUUUGGCUCUUGAGCUGCUCAUCACUUGCGGGAAGUCGCCUCCUCCUGGCUACACUUGCUCCCUUUAGGGUUUCUAAGGUAUGUAUACCCUACAAGUUUCGGUACAAUGAUGAUAACCCAAAAUUUUCUAGGCGUACGUAUGUGUGGUCCAUAUAAAAUAUUUCCUUCACUGAAUUUUCAGCCAAUUGUUCUAAAAAAAUUUCAUUCUAGUCUAGCUAGUGGGUAAAAUAUAGUGUUGAUGGAUUUUUCGUUGGGUGCGGGUUUUAUCGGUUUUUGAAAUUGACGAGUUGGAUCGGGUCUAGUUUUGUUCAAAAUCCACCCCGCUUUGUACCCGAUGCAUGCUCAUAAAGUAGAAAUUAUGUCAUUUUGUAUCUAAUCAGAAUAAUUUGAAUGAUUAAUGUGUGUUAUUAGUGUUUAUGACAAUAUAAACCUAAUAAUAUGAAUAAUUUAUGGAUGUUGACAGUUUUUAGGGACGUAUACAUAUAUAUGAAAUUUUUUGAGUUUAGAGAAAGUCGACCCAUUUCCUUCCCUACUCCCUUCAAAUUCCAAAUUCUAGUUAGAAAUACACACAUAACUUUUCAGGAGAUCAAUGGUAGAACUACUAGAUUAAGCCCUUGUUUGCUAAGAUAUUUAUGGAUUAUAAUAUAUGGUUUUCAUGCAUAUGGUGAUAGUAGUUCUCUGUUUAUGAUAAUGCAGCCGCUGCAGGCAGCUGAUGCAGGAAGUGACAUGGAUGGAUGAUUGAAUUACUCGACAUGAGAGGAUGUCGGGCAUUCUCUCUCUUAAUUUAUAUAUUCUCUCUCUAUGGUUUUUUCUUCUCUCUCUAUUUUCAUUAUUAUGGCAAAGGGGGUGUGGUUGUAUUUCGAAUGGGGUUUUGAAUUGGCAUUGAAGAUGUUUGGAUUCUAAUGGUGUGUAGACCAUUUGUUGUUAUAUGAUUUGUUUGUUUGCAUGGUGUGUGUGGGGUUUUGGUCUGUCUUAGAGAAGCAAUUUGAACCAAGAGACCACGACACAUCUUUCUCCAUCUUCCUUGUCUUUGUGUAUCUGAUUGUCACGAUACAAAAGAAACGGAACAUCUAUCUGAUUGUUAGAUUCUCAUCAAGAUAAACUAUGAGCAAGGAGUUGAACACAAAAGUCGACAUGCUUUUCCGAGCACAUCACGAAAAGUUGUAGUAGGUUUCCAAAAAACUUUGAUAGUGAUA